ACACUGGCCACUACAAGACCCUCACCUCCUCCAAAGAAACGGCAGGCGAACUUCUCUUAUUUGAAGACCCUUGCUCUUGCGGAUGCAGUCCAUGGAAGGAGAGAUGUCAUUGAUUAUUCACAUAUGCCCCAAGAGAACCACAAGAACAAACAACAGGCAUGGGGUGAGGGUUCCAUUUAUGGAAAUGGUGAAACAAAAGUAGCAAGGAGCAUGGAGAGGAGUGGGGAUUGGAAACAGCUCAGAGUUAGUGCAAAGAAAAGGAUAUCCCAAGAGAGACCAUGUUCACUAAGAACAGGAUCUCAUUCGAAUCAAGAGGAUGCUGUAGCGAGUGAGAAGGAAGGGGGAAGUCCUCCAUUUAACUCCUUUGAAUAUAUACAGGACAACAGCAGCCUCAAGUCUCCAGGGUGUACAGAUGAAAGUUCUGAUGAUGAUCCUCCAGCAACACAACCUUGUAGGGCGUCUUCCACAACAGAGGGAAUGACCAUCAACCAGGAAAGGAUAAGUGCUUCUGUUGUCCAGUUGGUGCAAAACCAAAGACUUGUUGUCUCUUUGCUGUCGGAACUGGUUGCAGGCCAGAAGCACUUGGUGGCAAGCCAGAAGGAGAUGGUGGCGGUGGCAAGGGAUGGGGUAAAUGCCCUUCAAGAAGCUUUGGAAAUGUUUAAACAAUAGAAGUCUCCAGUUUUUUAGAAUUAAAGCUAAAUAACUGUAUUCUU